CUGCAGCAACGUGGAAAAACUGCAAAUAUCUGCAAAUCAAUAAAUAUCUGCACACGGACUCCAAAAAUCUGCGUUUUGCAGACAAAUCUGCACAUUUGGUAUCACUGCGUGGAUUGCCUUAUACCGUCCGCCAUUAUGGCGCGUAAAAAGCUGGAUACAUUUCCCUGGUUGUAGCGGUUGGUCCGAGAAAUAAUACUGGCAUCUUUGGUCAUGUGCUACUCAAUUAAAAUCGGGAAUUCCUAAACAUUCUACAUAUACACAUUAAUUAUGUUGUUAUGACUCAUAUUGGUGUUAGACGGGUUGCACGAUAAGCAAAGAAUUUUUGCCGUUUCUAGUUUCGUUUGUGAAAGGCGGUUCCUGAGGUGACACCUAUAAUACUUAAAUUUUGGACUGUUAACACCUCAAAAAAAUAAUGAUAGGCGUAUUCCGCUUCCUGUUUCUGAUAGCCCUGGUAUCAACCGUUGUGGCCGAGGUUUACAGAUGUUUUCUCGAGAACGAUGCAUCUACUGGAGAGGAACACUGCGUUUUUCGAAAUGUGCGUUAUUCAACAACUACGAGGGAUAUCUCAUUUGAAGCGCCAUCAGGAUCGGCGCUACCGCCUCGCGUGACGUUUGAAAACUCCUCUUUGAUGCACCUCCCUGAUGAAUUUCUGCAAACAUUUGCUGAUAAACUUAAGGUUUUAAAGGUUGAAGGAUGUAUGCUUCGUUCGAUAACAAUAAUAUACAAUAUGGAAGCUCUGUACGCUCGAGGCAACUACAUUACGGAAGUGAAAAUUUAUCAGGAUAGAUCAAAUUCGCUUAUACGAGAGCUGGAUCUCAGUGCAAACCGUUUGAAAGACUUAAGGGGUAUUUCUAGUUGCAAGAAUUUGGAGGUUUUGAACUUAAGUAGCAACGAGGCAUUGGCAGAAGAAUCGACGAUAGAUUUGUCUACUUUUGCAAUUUUUAAACAACUCCGAGAACUGUACCUGUCCGAUGUGGGAGCUUUUUAUCUAGAAAAUAACGAUUUUAAGCUGCCGAAUUUGCAGGUACUGGAUUUAUCCAGAAAUUCUCUGAUACCAUCUGACCUGCGUGUUGAUAGUCUGUCGCAAUUGAAAGCAUUAAAGGUACUCAAACUGAACGACAAUAACAUGGCUGAACUGGAUUACGGUUUGCUGCCAGAUCUGAAUUCCCUUACGACUGUCUACCUCAACGGGAAUAAUUUCCGAUGUGAUACGUUGCGAACUAUGCUGAAAUUUUUACAUGAAAGGAAUAUUGAAACACCUGCGGAAUUGUAUAGCGGCUGCCAGUCUCAUCAGCAAGAAGUUGAUGGUAUGUGUUGCGCAGACCAUAUGGUUAUCCCACCUAAGCCAAUUCCGAGUUAUCCAACACCCUCGAUUCCAAUAUACACCCACGGUACCGAUAGACCGACUGACAUAAUUCCUAUAGAUAACGAGAUCGACGACAAUGCGACUAGUGUUGCCCAGAAGGUUGAUGAUAUCUGGCUGUGGAGUACGGUGGCGUUUGCGAUUACUCUAGCUAUAAUAGUCGCUGCUGCAGGAUUCGUCUUGUAUCGCAAGCGUCAGAACGCAAGAUAAUUCUUUUCGUUUAUUCCAAACUACAGUACAAGUAUUCUUGUACUGGCGAAUCUUAAAAAAAAGUGCUAAAAACAUGCAUUUUAUUUAGUAUUGGUAAGGAGCAGUGUUCAGUCCGUUGGAUAGAAUCUACUCAGGUAACAAAUGGAGGAGCAAAGAUCAACCAUAUUAUUGAACUCUUCCUAUAGAAACGUUGAUCGACGCCGCCCAUUUAACUUUGUUGGCGUUCCAAAACAUACGUUUGCCAUUCGCUCGAAAAUAGAAAGAUGUUUUGUAUUUUAUAUUAAAGUUUGAAGAUGAACGCUAUACCAAUAAAGGUAAAGAUAUAUUGUAA